AUGGAUGGAGCUGGGAUUGCGCUCUUAUCCCUUGGCAGCGUUGUACUUUUACUCGUAAUUUUCAUCUUUGUGAACUUAGUUUGCCACAAGACUGGAAAGCCAAAUGAUGCUGCUGCGUCUAGAGCUUUACAAGCUUCUUCGGAUUCUCGGAAAGGCACCAAAGAUGGCAACAUGGAGGUCCUAGGCGAGAUGGGAGAAGCUGUCAUUGAGAUAGCCACCACUCUUGCUGAUGACCAUCACGGCAGCAGCGUCACAUUUGGCUGUUGUGGUGGUAGUGGAGGUGAUGGUGGUGGCGGUGGUUGUGGUGGUGGUGGUGGUGGGGCUGGUGGUGGCGGCGGUGGCUGA